GUGAAGCUGCUGAUGCGCUUCUUGUGUGACACGGGGCUGUCGGGGGGCGCCUGGCUCUACCUGCCGCCUGCUGGUGGCGCGGCGGCAGGAGCAGCAUCAGUCGAGGCAGCGGUGGAGGCAGCAGCAGCAGCAGCAGUGCCGGCUCAGGGGUACGUGGCGGUGGCCUCGUCAUCCCGCCUUUCCACAUGUGACAUGGAGGUGGUAGCACCCUGGCGGUCCCUGCAAUCCCUCACGCCCGAUGCCACUCAGUUGGCGGAUCCCGACUGGUGCCCCGAGGUUGUUCGGCAAGCCGCCGCCGACAGCGACUGCAGCCAAGCCGCCGCGGCUGGCGAUGCCGGCAACGGUGAUCCGAUGUCAGCGGAGGAGGGGUCGCGGCCGCGACUGACGCCGCGGCUGGCGGCGGCAGUUCUCGCGGCUCGGGACGGUCGCAUUGCGCCAUUGACGGUUGUAACGGUUGAUGUUCUUGCGGCGCCCUGCGAUAUGACGAACCGUACACCGGUUGCCGCGAAGGAUGAUCCCGUGAUCUGCAUUGGGUGCGAUGUGCGGACGUACGGCACACCGGCGACGGCGGCGGCGGCGGCUGCUGCCGACGUAACGCCGCAUGGACGCACCGGAGGUCAACCGACGCGUGUGGUCUUCAUGGUUACAGGUAACUCCUUUCAGACCCAUGGGUCGCCACCACCCUCGCCAGCGAGCAUGGAAGGCGCGGAGCUGCGCUGCUUUGCAAGUGAAGCGGAUAUGCUGCUGGACUGCAAGGAGUGGUUGCUGCUCACGGACCCGGACAUCAUCACCACCUUCCAGGUCCGCGACACGCUCG